CGCCAACAAGACGCAGCCGGUUCUGUGUGAAUGGUCAAAAAAAUUGGAGCCAAAAAUAAUACUUUCUUCUUAAAUUGUUGAACUGUUUUUCGCGCCCCCCGCAAUGACCACCUAAGUUUAACCCGAAUUCCUGAAAGAUCCUUUUUAUUUCAAAAAGGCGGCACAUGCAUUUCGUUCAACAUCCUAUAAUUAUCAACAACAACAACGUGGUGGACAUACUGCAUCCGGAAAAUAUAGAAUUCGAUGGGCCGCCAGCGGCGCGAAAAAUGAUCAUUGGCUCGUUCUCGAUGUUCGUGAUCUUCUCGUAUUUGCAGUUGCUCUACAUCCUGAUAGCCAUCUACCUGGCGCUCCAUCACGCGCAUAUCUAG